ACAGUACUCAGCAUUUUACUAUCGUCUUCAAUAUUAUUACUUUCACAUCAAUUCUACUCAAAUAAUAGUGUAUUCGAUGGUCAAGUUAUAGAAAAUUCAUCCUCAAUUUCAUAUACAACCCUCUAAUAUUAUACCUAAACUAUACUGUAUGCCAUUCUCCUUUGUAUACAGUUUAUACACUGUGUCGCGUGUACAUAAAUUCCAUAUUCUUUAGGUUUCUCUCUUAGGCAAUCGAGUUUCUAAGUCAGCGUUAUAAGUCAAUACCUAUUCACCCUUUUACUUCCUUAGAUCCAUAUCGAUAUCUUGCUUACAACUUCCAUGCAAAACUCAUAAUAACUAUUCAUGGCUCUACAAUGACGGAUACAGAAAUGAAAAUCGAUCCUCAAAGAGCUGCCGCUUUAGUAUCGCAGAUUAAAAGCGUACGCGAGCGCAUCACCGCUGUCGCUAGUGGUCGAGAUGUACGCCUAGUCGCUGUCUCGAAGCUGAAGCCGGCCAAUGACAUACUGGCAUUGAUGCAGCAGACCUCGCCGCCCCAACUGCACUUUGGCGAGAAUUAUGCCCAGGAAUUAAUCCAAAAGGCUGAAAUAUUACCACGGAGUGUAAAAUGGCAUUUCAUCGGUGGCCUGCAGUCUGGGCACUGCAAGAACCUAGCCAAAGUCCCCAACCUUUGGUGUGUCUCGAGCGUAGACACCGAGAAGAAAGUCCAACUCCUCGAUAAAUACCGAGGCGAAUUCAUAUCCUCCUUCUCAUCUUCAUCCCCCUCUGAACCCACCCCCGAGAAACUCAACAUUCACAUCCAAGUCAAUACGUCCGGCGAAUCCUCCAAGUCCGGCUGCGAACCAGGCGCCGCCACCGUAGCUCUAUGUCGCGCCGUGCUCACGGCGCCUAACUUACAUCUCUUGGGUCUAAUGACUAUCGGUGCGAUUGCGCGAAGCGUGGCUACGACGCCGGAGAAUGAGAAUGAGGAUUUCUUGUGUUUACGGGAACAGCGGGAUCUCAUAGUCAAGGAGUUGGGGUCGGAAUUUGGCAAGGAUGGAAAGUUAGAGUUGGAGCUUAGCAUGGGUAUGAGUGAGGAUUUCGAGGGCGCUAUUGUUGCAGGUAGUGGUGAGGUGAGAGUGGGAAGUACAAUUUUCGGACAGAGGCCGUUGAAGAGUGAGGCGAAAAUUAGGGAGUAACUUAGUCUAGUAGCAUGAGGUAGAUCAAAAAGCAUUGCGAAGCAUUCAAGUAAACAAUACGUCAAA